CGUUAGUUCGGCUGCUCCGCUCGCUCGAUCGGUGGUAAACGCAUUACCGCUGAUAACCGCGUCCGUCCGAUGGCGACCCAAUGGCGACACAAGCCCGCACAACGGUUCGACCCAGUCGGCCGGCUAGCCUUAGUGCGGGCAGUCUAUCUACACCGUUUCUCGUGCCGCAGCCUCGGUGGUGCUGCCGCGAUCGUUCGUUCGCUGUGGGAGGAGGGAAUUGGACGCGAUCACCCCGCGACCGUGUGGUGGCCGUACCGCCCGGCACGGCACUAAUCGAUUGAGCGCUCGCGAGCGCACGAGAACGGACCGGUGUGGUGGUGGUGCUCAGGGAACCCGCGCGGCAGUAGCAGUACAUCGGCCGUACCUACAUCAACCAUCAUCGCGGUGUGGCUUCAACUGUUGUACCUCUGGCAGGUGGUUGCGAUCGUGAAUUCGGGAAUUCACUCACAAAAAUAGUGAAAAAUCAACCACCACAGUUGCUCACUUCCGGAUGCGUUCGCUCGUUGGUGGAAGAUUUGAUACGAUCGGUGUUUGUGUAAUGUGUGAGUGUGUUUGCUGUUAUUGUACAGUUUUUUUUGUUGGUUUGCUUACUUGUGUAUUAGUGCAGGCGCGUUAGAGGUCUCUUCCCACAUCGGUCCCUAUCAGUCCGUCCGCCCUGCAAACGCAUUAGGGUGCGCGAUCAGUUGCUAAUCAUCGUACAGCCGAAGGAUCUAUCUCAUCCGUAUACACCCCCCCCCUUCCCAGCCCUCUCCGUACAUCCAAUGCAUGCAUGUGGCGGUGGCGACGGUGGCAGCACGCCCCAUGGACAGAGUAGACCUGGACUAUGAGUUGUUUGGCACGCGCUCAGUGAGUGUUCCUACCGCGGUCGCACAUCACAACAACAGUGACCGACCGGAGGGUGGUGGUGGUGGUGGUGUGUAGCAUUAUUUAUUGGUGGCAGAUCAAAACCAUGUCCGGGUCCGGGGGGAGGGGACAAUCGAGCAUACAUUGCUUGCCGAAGCCUCGGUACAGUGGUGUGCCCGUGUGAACUGCGACAUUGACUCUGCGGGUUGCGUUUGUGUGUUCGCGGUGAGUGUGUGAGGUUGUGUCGUGUUGGGGCUAGGAUUGUGAAGGUGCUGUUUUGGAGCACUCACGAGUGUGUCUCUACAAGAAGUCGGCAGGAGUUAUCUGGCCGACGAAUCUCUCCGAACUCCGAGGGCACCACACAAAAGAGGCAACCUGAGACGGUCGAUGCCGUUGGGGGAGGAACGUUAGUGGCACACAGUGGUUGGGGCAGGGCAGCGAUUUGUGAGCACGGGAAGAAUCUCGUAAUAGACUGUGAACUACUCUUAGCGCGUUCAGUUAUCAUUCUAAGGAAAGAAUGCCAUACAAAAGUGUCCGCCUGGUGGUUAACGAAACACGUGCACUACUGACAGCAGGACCGAUCGUGCUAGAUGGAUUAGCUUAGCACCGAGCAACCCUUCGAUACAGUUAGCCGCAAGCCGCAAGUCCGGUUUGCCAGCCUGCCAGCCAGAACAAUGCCCAACACAAUGGCCGCCCACAUCAACCAGCGCAUCGAGGACCAUCGGAAUUUGGCCGACUGGUCGUACUAUGCGAACGAAACGGCCGGCGAGGAGUACUACGAGAUGCCGAUCGAUAUGCGCUUCAACUCCGGUCACAUCCUAUCGAUCAUGGUGUACACUACACUGAUGGUGUUUUCGGCCACGGGCAACCUUACGGUGCUCAGCAUACUGGCCCAGCGGAAGGUGCGCGCCUCGUCGCGGAUCAAUAUCAUGUUGGCGCAUCUAGCGAUUGCAGAUCUGCUGGUCACCUUUCUGAUGAUGCCACUGGAGAUUGGGUGGGCGUACACGGUUAGAUGGACGGCCGGUGACUUGAUGUGUCGCGUGAUGGCGUUCUUCCGCACCUUCGGGCUGUAUCUGUCCAGCUUCAUUCUGAUCUGCAUAUCGGUGGACCGAUACUUUGCUGUGCUGAAACCGCUGAAAGUGCACGAACAUCGGGCCGUGCUGAUGAUAGCAGCGGCCUGGAUAAUGUCCGGACUGUGCAGUUUACCUCAGGCGUUUAUCUUUCACCUGGAAGGACAUCCAAACAUUACGGGAUACCAGCAGUGCGUAACGUACCACUACUUUGAGGAGGAAAUCUACCAGAUCAUCUACAACGUGCUGGUAAUGUGCCUGAUGUACACCUUCCCGCUGAUUGUGAUCCUCUACUGCUACGGGUCUAUCUACUACGAAAUAUUUAGUCGUACCAAUCCACGCAAUUUAGAGAGCUUUCGCCGCUCGUCGAUAGAUGUGCUUGGGCGAGCGAAGCGAAAGACGCUACGGAUGACCAUAAUGAUCGUGAUCGUGUUCGUCGUCUGCUGGACGCCCUACUACGUCAUGUCACUAUGGUACUGGCUCGACAAGGAGUCGGCCAAAAAUGUGGACCAACGAAUACAGAAGGGACUGUUUCUGUUCGCCAGCACGAACAGCUGCAUGAACCCGGUGGUGUACGGUGUCUUUAACGUGCGCAAGAAACACACUAAAAAACUACUAAAGACGACACACGAGAAAAGCUGCGGCAGUCAUCUGACGAUGAGGGUGUAGGAGCAUUAGUAGCAUGGAGUGAAGUCUGUUUCGUGUUAUUGUUGAGGGAGAGAAUGUAGGAUGUUUGCUCCAUUUUAUAGCAUAAGAUAGUGUUACAACUUACAAUUACACUACUCACGGUCUGAAAUACUCUGUAUGUAGCGGCUAUGUACGCAAUAAAUCCACGAUUCGGUGGACGUAUCCAUGAAAUGGAAGGAUCACAAAUGCUGUAUAGAAGUUUUGUUUCAUCCUCCAUCGCUGUGCGAAGGAAGAUCACACGCUUUAUUGGUUCGCAUUAGUGCCUAUUACGUACUGAAUAGUGUCUUACUGACAUAGAACUGAGGUAGCGACAACAAGGGAAUA